AUGGGUCCAUUCAAAUGGUUCCUCUUCGUCUACAUCCUUGGUGGUCUCACCUUCGUGCCGCUUCUGAUUGCCCUCGUCCUCCUCUAUGCCUACUACACGCUCCCUCCGCCGGAAGUGAAGACGGAGAAGCCCAAGUCCAGCGACGAUCCUGCACAACUACUCCGCCCCGAAGAUGACAAGAUUGCAUUCAAGACCGGGACCGACGACCUGGCCGAGCAGUUCCACCGCAAACACGACUCUGACGUCGCCGCCGGCUACUUCGCCGUCUGCAGAGAAUAUGUGCCGGGUGGUGUCCCUGGCAAACCGCCGGACAAGCUGACACCUGCGGGCGACUUGGCCGUCCAGGAGUCGCCCAGCGUCUACCAGAGCAUGUACCGCAGCAUAUUCGACCGGUCGCAGAAACCAACCAUAGAACCCAACAAAGACGGGGCGGGGAAGAACGUCAGAAAAACAAAUAAUGUCUUCUAUGUGGUCUUGAGGCACGGACAUCUGAUGCUUUACGAUGAUAUACAGCAGUUGGAGGUCCGCUAUGUCAUCUCCCUCGAUUACCACGACGUCGAUGUCUAUGCGGGCGGGGAAGAAAUCCCAGAGGGGGAACUGUGGAUCAAGCGAAAUGCCAUCAGAUUGAGGAGGAAAAAGACCCAAGUGGGAGACAAAGCAACUUCGCUACCAUUCUUUCUCUUUGGGCAGAGCCAGUCGGACAAAGAAGAUUUCUACGAUGCCAUUCUCAAGAACCAAGAGAAAAGCAGCACCGAAGAACCACCAGGCCCGCAACUGUUCGAUGUCGAGCACAUUGUGUUACUGGUACAGAAAUUACACUCGUCAGAGGAGCAUUUGCAGACAAGAUGGCUCAAUGCCAUGAUCGGCCGCGUGUUCCUGGCCAUGUACAAGACCCCAGAGCUGGAAGGGUUCAUCCGCGAGAAGCUCACCAAGAAGAUUUCGAGGGUGAGAAAGCCCACUUUCAUCACCAAGCUGGGUUUGCGGAAAAUUGACCUGGGCACCGGCGCACCCUUCUUCAAAAAUCCGAGACUGAAAGACUUGACGGUGGAUGGUGAUUGCACUGUCGAGGCCGACGUCGAUUAUACAGGAAGGCUUAGGAUCGAAAUCGCAGCUACCGCGCGCAUUGAUCUGGGUACACGCUUCAAAGCCCGAGAAGUCGACAUGGUGCUGGCAGUGACGUGCAAAACACUGCAGGGCCAUCUCUUGGUCAGGUGUAAGCCGCCUCCCAGUAACCGAUUCUGGUUCACAUUCGAGAAGAUGCCCCAUCUGGAACUCGAUAUCGAACCCAUUGUCAGUACCCGGCAAAUCACAUACACUUUCAUUCUGAGGGCGAUCGAAAGCAGGAUCCGAGAGGUGGUAGCGGAGAGUAUUGUACAUCCAUUCUGGGACGACGUACCGUUCUUCGACACGAGACAUCAGAAAUAUCGCGGUGGCAUCUGGAAGACGGAGCCCACAUCUACGACUACCACCGAGAUCCCAGACGAGGAACCUGAGGAUGUGAUUGAAACUGGUGGCUCUGGAACGGACACACCGGCAGAGCUAUCGAAGGACGAUAGGGUCAUGAGUAUGCCGGUUUUGGUUGAGACCAACGGCGUGGGCAAGAACAAUUCCGCGAAGAAAUCCAUGGCUUCCUUGAACGACCUGUUUGGUAAGAAAAAGUCGGAAACAACGGAAAAGGCCGACUCAACGACACCCAGAUUGAUGCGAUCAACAUCGUUUGCCAGCGCUGCAGAUCCCACCAUCACUACGAACCAUGCCGAUGCGAACACACCCACUCGUGGCGUAGAUCAGCCGAUGCACAGAGAAAGCGUUGCCACAAUUCUGAAAGAUCUAUCUUCCAGGUCAGUUUCCGGAAACGGGUCAGAACUGGGUUCUCCAGCGGCAUCCCCUUCUGUAGAGUCUGCGAUGGCGGCAGCGUUGAAGGGGCGGUCGUCAAGCAACGCUUCAGGCGUGUCGGAGGAGGAUGACCACAACGGUCCAAGACCCUCCUCCCUGCCCAGGCCCCUGACCAAUGCAAGCCGGUCCUCAACCCAAACAAUCGAUUCUGUCGAUCAAAAGGACAGCAGGCCUGCCUCAGCGCAGGAGAAAAACAAGCCCCUGAAAAGCUUCGCACUCGGUGCGAGAUCUUUGACUGCUGCGGAUAGGAAACAAGCAUUGGCAUCUGUUAAUGCUGCUGCUGCCGCGGCGCAGAAAUGGGGCUGGGGCGUGCUCGCAAGAAAUCGACAACGAGACGCCCAACAAGCGGCAAUGCAGGGAACUUCAGGUGGCGGAUCGGGAAGUCCUCCUACUCCGCGAGAGCCAAUGGGGCGUGGAAGGCCACUUCCACCUCCUGGAGUUCCACUGCCUCCCCCUGAGAAAAUCCGGCCAAACUCAUUCCUGGCACCGAAGCGGAAAGCGGUGCCACCUCCAUUGUUACCGAAGCGCCCCGAGACAGAUGGAUCGCACGAGUCGAUAUCGGCCAAGUCGUCACCAAAACCACCUCUUCCGGAAAGGCGCAAGAGAACGAGCUCUGCGCAGCCUGAGGAUGGUGCAGAGGAUGAAGUGUUUGUGGUUGAAGCUCCGAUGGAAUCACCCACGAGCACAGCUCAUGAUGAACAUCAUGACGACUUUUUUGGUCAUGAGGAGCCCGCAGCACCGGCCAAUGAGUCAUCUCAACCCUCCCUACCAGACAACGGCAGCGAGAACGACGAGCCAGCUGCACCAUCAAUCACAGAAUCCCUUAACCUGGCCCCCUCUGAGCUAGAGAGUGAAACCGAGGAUGUGCAGGAACAGAUACGGCCCCCGUUACCUUCCCGUGGUAGUACGACCCCCGAACAUCUUUUGCAGGAUGAAGAUGAGAUGCAUAGGCAAGAGAUGGGCAUGUAUACAUAA